AUGGUACGCACUAAUCUUCCAUUAUUUUAGGUACAUUUGGAGUCUAAUAUAAAUGUUUCCCAUUUUUCUGGUGGCAUUUUAUCAACUUUACAAACAUUAUACAAUCCCCAAUUACUAUUAAUACAUCAACAAACACUCACUCGAUCAAAGGAUAGUCCACUUUUUUGUAUUGCUUCACCCUAUGUAUAGGCUGUCCCAAUCCCGCUUUAUUAUUUUAUAGAUCUUGCAAUCUCUAUUUUUGAGGGUUCACUUUUUGAACCAUGUAGAUUUUGUUUAUGGUAUCAUCAUGUGGUACAAUAAUUAAAUUACAAUUAGAUUUCCAUUAUUGUUGUAACUGCUAUCAUACUAAGAAAAGAAUAUGAAUGGCAGGACACGAUGAUCAUGGCAACUCAUACGCUAUUAAUGAAAUAUCCAUUCAUUUUUGUGUUAAAUAUAAUAUAUGUUGCAUUGGUAACGUAUUACGACUAUUAUAGUCCAUUAAGGGAGAAAUGGAUCAAUAGGUUUUUGGGUAAAUUCUUUCCAUUCAUCUACUAUAGCUUUAUCAUAGCUUUGAUCUAUGAUUGCACAAAUGCAUUACCAUUUUUGUAUUGA